AUGGAGAACAGCAGCAGCAAAUUUGACAGUCCCACCAACAUAUCCCUGGUAGGCAGCGAUAGUCCACUGGAUGUUCUCGAAUACAAGGUAAUCUCUGUCUUCCUGGUGAUGGGCAUCUGCGGAGUUGGCAUCAUCGGCAACGUCAUGGUGGUGCUGGUGGUCCUCACCACCCGUGAGAUGAGGACUCCCACCAACUGCUACUUGGUUAGCCUGGCUGUGGCUGAUUUGAUGGUUCUGGUGGCUGCUGGCCUGCCCAACAUCUCUGACAGCCUGGCAGGAACAUGGAUCUAUGGAUUUGCUGGGUGUCUUGGCAUCACCUUCUUUCAGUACUUGGGCAUCAAUGCAUCAUCCUGCUCCAUCACUGCCUUCACUGUGGAAAGGUAAGAAAAGAUUCUUAGGAGUAGCUCCGUUCUACUAGACCAGAGGUAUCCAAUGUGUUGCCCUCGAGAUGGUGUUGGACUCCAACUCCCACCAGCCCCAGCCAGCAUGGCCAAUGGCCAGGAAUGAUGGGAGUUGUAGUCUAGCAACAUCUGGAAAACCACAAGUUCCACAUCCCCAAUUUAGACCUUAGAGCAGGGAUAUCCAUCUGUUUUAUUUCUAUCUUAAAUUUAUAUGCCGCUCUUUGUCAAAGGACCGCAGAGUGGUUAACAACACAGAAUUAAACAGUGCACCCAGAUAAACCUUAAACAGCAGCAGCCUAAAAAGUAAGGGAGGAGGAAAUCAGUCUAAGAUGCAAAAACAAUGCACAAGUACACAAUCUUCUCUCUAUAUAAAAGUAGCUCUUGAUCCCCACCCUCAGAGAAAAUGACAGCCCCUCCCAGGUAUCACCUGGGAGCUUUUCUUUCUCUCCCAGUCUCUCCCCCAGGAGAUCUUCAUAUCCCUGCCCAUCAUUCAGGGUAUUUCCAUCCUCAUUCUGCCACUUCAUACAGAUGUGGUCCUUGGCCCCCAGUGGCAUCCCAGUGGCAUUGGACCAUCACUGGGCAGCCUGCUGCCUACUGCCUGACCAGCUUCUCUCUCCAUCUUGAAACAUGCCCUUUGGGUGGGUCUGAUUUGCCUGUUUCUAUGCAGUGGCAAUUAAUUAACAUUACCCCAAAUCAGUGUUAAACAAUAAGUGGCAUCCCAUGUAGGGCAAGUGUGUGUGGCUUAGUCAAAGCAACCUGGCAAGUUGAAUGGGGAGGCCAGGUGGGCCCCUGAGGCCCAUGGCUUAGAGGUUCCCCACUGCUGUUUCAGCACAGUGUUAUGUCUUUACUCACAUAUAACUUCCUCCUUUUCAUCUCUGCCAGGUACAUUGCUAUCUGCCACCCAAUGAAAGCGCAGGCAAUGUGCACAGUGUCACGGGCCAAGCGCAUCAUCACCUUUGUCUGGAUCCUCACCUCAGUGUACUGCACCCUGUGGUUCUUCCUGGUGGACAUUGCUGUCAACAAAAGCCAGCAGCUGGAGUGCGGCUACAAGGUCUCCCGCAACCUCUACCUGCCCAUCUACCUCCUCGACUUCGCCCUCUUCUUUGUCACCCCUUUGCUCCUCUCCACAGUGCUCUAUGGUCUCAUUGGGAGGGUCCUCUUCCGCAGCCCCAUCCCACACCAGCCCACUGCCUGCACCCAACGCUGGCAAGACCAGAGUUGCAAAGUAAGGAUCGGCAAAGAGAGGAAUGGCACAGAGGCCAGCCGGAGCAAGGCCAGUGGUUCAAGAACCAGGGUGCCCGUCUCCUCCAGGAAGCAGGUAACGCAGAGCCCUCUGGAGAUUGCCAGGUGCUGCCAAGUUCAGGCCAAUGGGCAGGCAGGUUCAGCCUCGGGGGGGGGGGGGGGCUGGAGAGAACAGUGUCAUGCUGGCAAGAGGUCCAAAAGCGCAGCAGUGUAUUCUAUGACUGACACAAUUAUAGUGUGUUAGUGGCGGAUUUGUUCUGGACUGUCCACACAUCAUUUCACUGUCUUAUUUGUUCUGUGAUGCUCCCCCAGUGUUAUUGACUGAUGGAUUAAAUAUAUUUAUAUCCUGCCUUUCUCCCAAGAUGGGAUUGAAGGCAGCUUACAUUUAAAAUAUUGAUUAUAAAACAGAAAAAUAAAAACAAACUAGUUAAAAACAAAAAUUAAAACCCUUUUAAACUGAGGAUCUUUGCAUCCAGAUAGGUUCAUAUAGGGAGAUACAUUACUUCAUUAUUGCCAUCUACUGUAAAAGGGCAUAUUUGCAUGACAGCACAACAGAAGUGGGACAAGUAAAAUAAACUGGAACGUUUAUAAGAUAAGAAGGUAGAGGGUUUCAAAGGAAGGUUAUGGGGCUUGCACAGACUGGAAACCAAGCAGUAUGUCUGGCACAAAGCUUUUGCAGGUGGAAAGAGGAUUGAAAGUGGAAUUGCAUGUGACCACCCCAAUACUAUCAUGAGCACAAAUCAUGAUGAAUGUGCAAUAAAGGGGGGGGGGUUUGGAGGGACCCAUAGAUAGCCUUGCAAGCCUAAAGUCUGCCCGGCCCUGAUCUUUGGUGAGGUAGGGAUAUAGAAGUGCAGGAAGCUGUCAUGCAAAAUACACCCGCUGAAAUCACCUUUUUAACCCGUCUAUUAAAGAUGCAGGGGGGGGGGCUGUGCUCCCAUCCUCCCUGAUUUAGCAGCUCUAAUCUGUGGAUAGACCCAGCAUCUAGAUUACAUCUUUCCACCCACUGCUGUAGCCUCCAAUUGUUUCCCUGGCUUAUUUUACCUCCCCUCUCAGUUCUUAAUUAAUACCAAUGCUCUGAUUAAUGUUAAUAUUUAUAAAGCACACCUUCAGAGAAAAUGUAACAAGGUGUUGUACAGCAUAAAACCAUGAUACAAAAGUAGCAAUAGUAAAAACAUCAAUAACUUAUCAAUAAAAAAGAGUUGAUUUUAAAAACCACACAACCCAGCACAUUCCAAAACCCUGUCCCAAUGAUGCAGUUUUUAAAACAUGUCCGAAAGAAAGCAGAAUUGACUUUUGGUCAGGAUUGGCUGACCAGAACUCAGGGACACAGUGGGCCACCAAACGUGUCUCAUCGGAAGAUGUUGGUGGCCUAUAUGGAGCAUAAGGAAUCAGGAUGUGCUUCUGGGCAUGUGCAGAAUGCAUUUGCUUCCCCAACUAACAAACAAAUAAAUCCCAAGCUGAGCAGAAGGGACGAAGGGUUUCUAAAUAGUAACGUGAAUUUCCAAGCAGAUCCAAGUCCUUUUUAAAGAAUCACUCAUAUGAUGUGUCACCUUCCCUUUGCCAACAUUUGUCUUGUUUGGCAUGCCAACACGUUGGUUUUGCAUGGAAUUGAAUUAUCACCACUGCCGUCUGCCAAGCAAGGAGCCAGAAGCAUUCUCAGAGCCUUCAUCAACAUUGCACGGUGGCGAUGGCUUUGACACUGUUUUGUUUUAAUUCUUUGGAAAGAGUCCUGGUACGAAAAGGGCAGGCUGAAAAGAAAAUUCUAAAGUGAAGCUGCACAAUAGACGGUGCCGCUCCCACCCCGCAAAUCCAGGGCUGAUGGUGGCUUUGGGAAAUGCUUCUCUUGUUCCUACUUGUUCGUUGGUGGAUUUGUAAAACGGCUCAACAUCCAGAGAAACACCGAGAAAUAAAAUAUACAUAUAAAAAAUACAGAUCAUAAACAAUGAGAAUUAAAAAUGACAGAAAUAAAGUCAGCUAAUUUGGGAAGGCUUGGGAGAAAAGCUUUUGACAAACGUUGAACAUGUCAUGAUGCUGGGGCUUGCUUCACUUUUGGAAUGAGAGAAUUCCAGAGAACUGGUGUCACGAUGCUAAAAGCAUGUGUUGGAUUUAAAGCACUUUUAUUCCACACUUGGAAAUACAGUUGAAAAAGACUUCCAGAUACCAGUGAUAGGGCAUCCCCUGCCCUUAAGAGACAUAAGAAGAGCACUGCUGGAUUGAGCCAAUGACCCAUUGAAUCCAGCAUCCUGUUCUCAAGGUGGCCAGGUAGAUAGCUGUGGGAAGCCCUCAAGAACAUGAGUGCAGCAGCACUCUCCUCUCCUUUGCUUUCCGGCAACCGGCAUUCAGAAGCAUUACUGCCUCCAGCUAUGGAGGCAGAGCAUAGCCCUAAUGGCUAGCAGCCAUCACUAGCCCUUGCCUCCAUGAGUCUGCCCAAUUCUCAUUUAGAGCUGUCCAAAUUGGUGGCCAUCACUGUCUCCCAUGGGAGCGAGUUCCAUAGUUUAACUGUGCGCUGAAUGAAAAAGUGCUUUCCUUUCUCUGUCCUGAAUCUUCCAAAAUUCAGCUUCAUUGAAUGGCUGUGUCUUCUAACGUUUCUCUAUCAACUCCAUGCCACAAAAAGAAGGGCUGAGAGGGAGAGGGGAAAAAACAAAGCUCUUUGCUGCAAAGCUCUUGUAAUGACCAGCCGAAAUGGAACAUUUUGUAAAAGAGGAGCCAAAAGUUCUUAGUCUUCCAAGUGAGCCAGUGGAGAGACCUUGCAGUUCCAUCUCUCCCUGUUUACACACAGGAAAGGAGUGCUCUAAGGUGGCAAUGGUCGAAUGGUGAUGCAAGGGCUGCAUUUGGGGCCAGGCACUAAGCAAAUAAGAAACAGCCCUACUGACUUGGAUUAUUAUUUUUUUUAACUGAAUGCUUUGCAGCAUGCUGCUUCCCACAGUAGCCAAAAGAGGCUUUCAGGAUACCCUCCAGCAGAGGCACGAGAGGAAGAGCCAUCUCCCUUGUUGUUGCUCCCCAGCAAAUAGUAUUGUGAGAUAGACUGCCUCUGAAAAGAGAGGCUCCAUCCAGAUUUCAUAGCAAAUGGCCAUACAGUGGAUCUCUCCUUCUCUGUGAGUUUGUCCCAUGCCCUUUUUAUUUGCUCAUAUCUAUUUAUUAAAAUUGAUAUACUGCUUAAUUGCAAAUAAAUAAAUCUGAAAGUGAUUUACAAAAAGAAUAAAACAAUGAGAUUAUCAGUAAAAGGAACUAUUUAAAACAUUCAAAACUAAUUAAAAUCUAUGAUAAGCUAAAAAUCAGUUUUAUUCAUGCAUUUAAAUUGAGCAUUUAAAAUCCAGGUGCAAGAGUCAAAUUAAGUGUCAAGACUAUCCUGAGACCACAAUACACUUUGGUUAUCUUGCAGUUAUGCAGCACAAGUAAAUCUGUAUCACGUGCAAGGGAAGCACCACCAUCUCCUUCAAACCUGAAGGACCUUCAAACCUAUAGAGUCUCAGUACGGUUCAAUUACUGCACAGAUAUCCAUCAUCUUCCAAAUGCAGGUUGCUCUUAAAUGCCCAUUAAACAUACAAGGUGACAGAAAAUUUACUUUUGCUGCAAAAAUCUUGUCAACACGAAGAAAAUGUAUGCAAUAUAAAAAUGGCCUGUCUCAUUCCUACACCUUUCUGGAACAGAUCCUGGCAAUAUGUAGAAUUGGUGUAGAAUUUUCUGAUCUAUGACAUCCCAAACAGGCAAGCAAAUGGAAAAAGCAACUGAAAACCUGCAACUUGUUAAAGACAUCCAAGCCACCUCUCUCUCUUUUUGGCUCCUCUGCAGGUGACCAAAAUGCUGGCCGUGGUGGUGGUCCUCUUUGCCCUCCUCUGGAUGCCCUACCGGACUCUGGUGCUGGUGAACUCCUUCAUGGAGCGCCCCUACCUGAACCGCUGGUUCAUCCUCUUCUGCAGAGUCUGCGUCUACGCCAACAGCGCCAUCAACCCCAUCAUCUACAACCUCAUGUCCCAGAAGUUCCGCCUGGCCUUCAAGAAGCUCUGCAAGUGCGGGAAGGUGGAGCAGCAGCCAAGGCACAGAUUCUACGCAGCCUCCAGCAUGAAGAAGGAACCUGACUCCCACCCGCAUGGGGACAUUAAGGCUAAGGGGCCACCGUCCCCAGGAGGAGGCGAAGAGGAGGACUUGCCUGCUUUGGAGCAGGUGCCUGCACCUGAGAAAGAGAAGGAGCCGUAUUUCAGCGUGCUCUAA